AUGAAUCGGGUGGCAAUUGUCCCUGCCCGUCGUGCAUUGGUGGCCUAUGCAGCAUUGACAGCUGCAAAGAGCGUGCUUUCACAACCUUCUCAGGGAUUUGCGGCCCGGCCCUUGCGCAUGGACACCCCGUCGGAGCACAAUGCCUACCAGAGAAAGGUGUUUGACGAGAAAUCUGACUUCUUUGCCUCCGCUACUGCCACGCCUCCCGCUGUGGUGCCGCGUUUACAGCGGAUUGCGAAAAGUUGCAGCCUUGAGUCGAAGACAACUUUGCUUGACGUCGGAACUGGCACAGGUGCACUGCUGCCCUUCUUCAAAGAGUCAGGAGGUGAUCUUGCGCAAAUUACUGGUGUUGACCUCUCAGCUGGGAUGUUAGGCUUCGCAAGGGAGCGAUUCCCACAGGCAAGAUUUGUCCAGGAUGAUGUGCUUCACUUUGAAGGUGGUCCUUAUGACCGCGUCGUCUUCAAUGCCUGCUUUGGAAACCUCUAUGAUCCAGUAGCAGUACUCAAGCAUGUAGCACAGAAGCUUUUGUCUGAUGGUGGCCUUGUGGUCAUCAGCCAUCCUCUUGGGCGGGCGUGGCUCACAACUUUAAAGGAAAAGGAUCCACGCAUGGUCCUUCACGAUCUUCCUGGAAGCGAGGAACUAAAGCAGAUGCUUGCCCAGGUGCCAGAGCUUGCUCUUGAGUUCUUGGAGGAUGAGUCAGACUAUUACUGCCUAGUACUAAAGCGUCAGCCCAGGUGA